AUGGUCACCUCUGGUGUUCCCCAAGGUAGUGUACUUGGGCCAGUCCUUUUCCUUGCCUAUAUUAACGAUAUCACAACCGGUGUAAGGUCAAGCAUGCGCCUGUUUACAGAUGACAGCAAGGUUUACAGGAUUAUUUACGUCAAAACGACGAGAAACAACUUCAAUGUGACCUCAACACACUACAGAAAUGGAGUGAAAAAUGGCAACUUCGUUUUCACCCUGACAAAUGUGAGGUUGUACGUGUUACCCAUGCGAGAGAUCAUACUAGCUAUCCUUACAAACUCUCUGGUUGUGCGCUUCAUGCUGUCACCGAAACGGUUGAUUUGGGGGUCUCAUUGUCUUCUAAUCUAUCCUGGAACAUCCAAACGCAGAAAGUUGUAAAUAAAGCCAACAAGAUUGUUGGUUUCCUUAAAAGAAAUGUUGGUGCAGGGAACAAGGAAGUCUUUUCUCAUCUGUACAAGGCCUUGGUUAUACCCAUUCUGGAAUAUGCUGUCCCUCUCUUGUCACCCCAUUUACAGAAGAACAUUGACGCUCUUGAAUGAGUCCAACGUAAGGCCUUGA